GAGUGGCGACGGAGCUGUCAAACACCAACAAUCGCUUGAAAUAUUAUUCCGGGCGGUACAGAAAACAUCGUACUUUGCCCCUUUUUUUGUGUUCAAGAACCACGACAGGAAACUUCGAGUUCAUUUUGAGAAACUUUAACACCGUUUGGACGAGAAACUUCCCUGUUUUUUUUUUUUUAAAUGUCUGUUGCUGGAUAUUGGCUCUAGUUUUGUUGACAAACUAGCCAGUCAGCUAGUCCCUUGAGCUAGCUACGUGUUUUCAACUUUGCUGCUUCUGGGGAUACGCUUGUCGUUUUCUAUACAUGCCAAAGGGGAAAGGCAUGGGACCCAGCUUGGAUGGUUAUUGCAAACGUCUCUACGUAAUAAAAACCGGGCUCCGAGGUCUCAGCAUACAACGUUCAAACAUGUGAAAACUCUCUCAUCCUGACUGACUUCCUCCUCACAACCAGUAAGAUCUGGAUGAGUAGGAAACACCUUGGAUCCAGCCGGGGUGCAUCACCAGGGCCGCCCUAGGCACCGUUUUUAAUCUGCAGUAUAUGUGUGUGACACAUUUUCUCCCAGGACACACACUGAGUCAACACCGUGCUGCCGCGGAGCACCCGGCGUCACUAAAACAAUCCCGUCCUCUUGUCAUGUGGGGACAUUGCCGAAACAGGCCCACAUUACCCUCACUGGUGUCCCGAGCUUCCACAUCGCCAUGGACCGGAAUAAACGCAACUCCAUCGCUGGGUUUCCUACACGAACAGAGCGAAGUAAUGAGGACAGAGAUGGUGGAGGAGGGGUAGGUGGCGGCGAGAUGGGCAUGGGUCCACCACCACAGGUGGGCAGGGUGUGGCCGUCGUCGUACAGAGCCCUCAUCAGUGCCUUCUCUUGCCUCACACGCCUCGAUGACUUCACCUGCGAGUGGAUCGGCUCUGGAUUCUUCUCUGAUGUCUUCAAGGUUCGUCAUCGAGCUUCAGAUCAGGUCAUGGCUCUGAAGAUGAACAAACUGAGCAGCAACAGAGCCAACAUGUUGAGAGAGGUCCAACUAAUGAACCGGCUUUGUCAUCCAAACAUACUCAGGUUCAAAGGAGUGUGUGUCCACGAGGGUCAGCUUCACGCUUUGACAGAGUACAUCAACGGUGGAAACCUGGAGCAGCUUCUAGACAGCAACAAACACCUGAGCUGGCCAACGCGGAUGAAAAUGGCCUGUGACAUCGCCAGCGGUCUGGCGUACUUGCACACCAAAGGCAUAUUCCACCGGGACCUCACCUCCAAGAACUGUCUGAUUAAAUGUGAAGACAGCAGCUACACGGCGGUGGUGGGAGACUUCGGCCUGGCAGAGAAGAUCCCCACUAAUCUUGCUGAACGAGAGAAGCUCUCCGUGGUUGGUUCUCCUUUCUGGAUGGCUCCGGAGGUGCUGAGAGACGAAUCCUACAACGAGAAGGCCGAUGUGUUCUCCUACGGUAUAAUCCUGUGUGAGAUCAUUGCAAGGAUUCAGGCUGACCCCGACUUCCUCCCCCGCACCGAGAAUUUCGGCCUGGACUACCACACGUUCCAGCACAUGGUCGGAGACUGUCCGCCUGACUUCCUCCAGCUGGCUUUCAACUGCUGCAAUAUGGACCCUAAACUCCGUCCAUCCUGCCACGACAUCGUCAGACACCUCGAGGAGAUUCUCGCUCGUCUUAAAGUCGAAGAGCUGGUGCACGAGUGUGUCCCGCUCACUGUGGACAACGACAAGAAAAGCAUCCCUAAAGGCGAGAAGGGUUUCAAACGGCUGAACCCUCUCGGUUUCCAGGAUGAUAAAAUCCCUCAGAAAUCCCCCCGACCGCGACGAAACAUCUGGCUCAGCCGCAGCCAAUCAGACAUCUUCUCCUGCAAACCAGGAAGAAAAGUCAACGUCCAGGACCCGUACUACAACCCCCCCAUCGCUCAGCGAGCCUCCAAAGCCCACAAGAUCAACCCGUUCACCGCCCGAGAGGACCUGUGCGGGGGGAAGAUCAAGUUCUUCGAUGUUCCAAGCAAGUCGGUCUUCUCGCUGGUGUUCGACCUCCACUCUCCUCCAGGGAGCGUGUUCAGUAACCAGCCGUCUUCUCACGGGGGACCCGGAGGGCCACAACAGGGGGCUUCUUACGACUGGCAGCAGCUGCCAGGAAGACAAUGUCACUCCUUACCGGUGUCCCCUCAGCUGCCCCGCUCUGAGGUUUUCAACCAGGCUGCUGCCGUCACCUACAAUAACAACGGUUCUGCUACCUGUAACUCCAGCCAGCUCUCCACGAUGCUGCCAGCUUUUAACUCUCGGUCCGACACGAGCCUGAUGGGAAACGACCGACCGAAGGCGGCCCUGAGCAGCUGGGUAAAGAAAUACGUCGUAGUCGAGAUCCCACCUUACUGCAGGCAGAGAGGAGGGGAGGAGGACGGAGAGGCGGAGGGGAGGAAGGUGGGAAACGGGGAGGACGAGUUUGGGGAGAGCUGGUCUCCGAUGGUCCCCAGCGGUGAGAGAGAGGGUGGGGAGGCCAUGGACUGCUCCUACAGCCUGGAGGAGGAGGAGGAGGCACGAGCGAGGGGGAACAGAGACCGGCUCGGUGUAACACAAAUGUAAAUCCCCACACACUCGCACACACUCUGGUGACAGGAGGAGACAAGGACGUUUUAACCCCUUAAAGGAUGAAGAUAGAGGCAACGGGAUCUAGUUUUUAAAAAGUAGACUGACAGACUGGAUGCAUUUCAAAAAUGUCAAAAGGACACUUGAUUUUUACCUUUCAAGUGAGUGUAUCACAUGUUGAUGAAUAAAUCAAGCACACCUGGUGUAGAGGAACGAGAUAUGAUCACACAGGUGGGGUGGGUCAAGCACACAGAACAGAGCUUCUAUCCACACAGGACACUCUGCAUAGAGAUUAUAUUUUGAAAAGGAUGUUUAUAUUUAAUAUUGUGAUGAUGUAGAUUAUUUUUCUGGAAACGUUUCUUACAUUAGGCGCCUUGUCUACGAUGAGGGGCAUCGAGGAUCCCUUGUGUUGUGUAUGUGAGUGUUUAAAAUCAACCCAUGUGUUUUGAUACUUCCUCCUUGUGGUCUUUCUUAGAAAAAAAAAGUGUUUAUACUAAAUCAAAAGCAUCUAAUAUUUUUGGGAUGAAUAAGACAGUGCUGAGACGUCCAUGAGAAAAUGAGAGGUGUUUAAUAAUAAUAACUGAGUGCCUGGAAAACGUUAAUGAGACAAAUCAGAAGACAAACCAAUCCCCGCCCAACCCUGAAUUAGAGCUGCAGUUUUAUAUUUCUCCUCCGGCUGAUUUAAAGGGAACUCUACCUGAUGAUGACUUUAAUAUAGGGUUGCAUUGAGUCCGUUACAUUUAAUCUCCUUCUCUCCUGAAGGUUGUAUUGCAUUUGUCUUGGGAUGUCAUUUUUGCAUUUCAUACUGACCUUGAAACGUCUGAAUUUCCUUGAACGCAUCAUGUUUCUACAACGGUCUCUUCUCACGGACUCUUUCCAAAUUGAAGCAACAACUCGUUUCUUUCCCUUUGAUGAGGUACGGCUUUAUAACAAUUUAAAGCAGGACUAUGUCACCUUUGAACAACAGAAUAACACAAGUUCUGUUUCAUAAACCUCCCCCCGUGACACUAGACAUUUGAACUUUCCUCGGGAUCAAUCAAGUAGCAGAAUCAGAAAUACUUUAUUAAUCCCAGGGGGAAAUUUGGUAUCUAUGUCUCUCUUCUGUACACUCAAGGAUUCAGCCCUUAACCCUUGGAACUGGAUGUGAUUUGUCACAUGAGCUAAAGUUAACUUAUGUUAGCAAAAUGUUUUGCUAUUGUUUAUCAUCACAAGAAGGGUAAGAAAGCCUUUAAUGCCUCCAGAAUAUAUCGAACCAAUUAUCUCAAAGAAAAUCUCUUGAAAUAAAUUCAUAUUUUAUAUUCCACAUGACACUUUGUAACACUGGGACUGUUGUUUGAAAGCUGCAGUCUAGCUUUCAUGUGUGAACGGAAGACAAAAACCCCUCAUUUUCUAUUUUCAUGAGUAAUACUUUCAGUCAAGUUAGAUAAACAGUAAACUGGUGACCUUCACAAGCUAAAAGGAGAGAGUUGGAUGAAUAAUCAUGAAUGAGCACAAGCUGGUCGUGCCUGAUGUCAAUCAGAAGUUACCAGCAAAACAUAAAUAAAACUGUGGAGUAAAAUGUUCUUUAAUUUCCCUUUUAUAAGAUAGUAGUAGAUAUUAUUUUCCCUCCUGUCGGAAGCUUACGUGUUAUUUGCAGUUUUUUGUAGACCGGUGGUUGGUGGCGACAUUUCUAUGAAAAAAAAAUCACAAGCUGGUCAAAGUUGAGUGACUUUUUUUUUUAUCACCCUGCAGUGAUCGGUCCAGAGACAGAAUUGCUAAAUGUUCUUGUCCGAUAAGCAGCAAACUAUUUUUGUUCAAGUUUAAUUGAGUAAACAGCUACAAUAGUCUGCGUCCAAAAUCGAUUGUAAUUGCAAAUUAUCGCCACAGGGGGGCGCAAAAGAUAAAGAAACCGAUGUCUUAAGAGUGCAACUUUAAAGUGACAUUCUGAGAUUUUUUAACCACCCCAGACUUUUACAAACACACUCCAGUGAACAUCUGAAUUAGACUUUCUGUCCCAGUGUAGUGUUUCUGUCGCGCUUCACAUGGAAGAGGUUAGAUGUGUACUUAACGGUAAUGGUGUUUCCCUUUCUUUCAUCAUUGAGUGUCAUUGAAAGGUUUCUAACAUCAGAUGUUUCAGACAUCCUGUACAUGUUCUGUCACACAUAAUGACUGUUAUGACAUUAAGAUUGAUAUUUUCUGGUAUGAUGAACCAUGUUUGCCUCCGCCUCAGCACUUGCUCUAGUUACAUUCUGCUGACGUCUUCAAAUGGAACUAAAAUGCACUUGUUCAUGGAUCUCCUUUAGAUUUCUUUCCACUUCCACUUUCUAUGCAACCAAUGCAACUUUCAAGACGCUGUUUUACAGUAAAAAGGAUCUAAUUUGAUAUUUAUGAGAAAGCAUUUUUAAUGUCUUACAUUUGUAUAUUUGUGUUUAAAGUUUGUGUUUUACCUUUCCUGAUGAAAACGUGUUUAAAUGAUUUUUUUCCGAUUACAUAACAAAGCUGUCUCGUGAAAAACU